AUGUUGAAAGUCAACUCUAAACUACCCCAAGACCCGUAUCUACUGGAUUUUAUACGUCUCUCACGUAAUCUGCCGCCGGAUCAUAUCAUUGUGAUUGAUCACGAAACAGGAGUCCAGGCCACAAUCACCGAUUUAAUCACGGCAGUAUGCGAGUACCGUGUCAGACUCGGUAAUGAACUCGGCACAGAAACGUUGACCGCCAUUCGAGCGGGAAAGGAAGUCUUCAUAGCAACUAUCCUCCCACCAGGCUAUGAUUUCGUGGUCGCCUUUCUUGCAAUUCUAUCCCUCGGCGCUGGGUUGGUUCCUCUGUCGACAAAAUUGCUGCCCGAAGAAGUCGCCUACUACAUCUCUCAAUCUGGAUCGCAUUUCAUACUCUGUGAUCAAAACCGCUUCAAGCUUGCCAGUGCGGUGCCGGCCUUGGUUUCUACUUCGGGCAGCAAUGUGGAACAUACGGGAAAAUUGCAGGUUAUCUGCCUUGGAACAAGCCAUUCCCCAUUUACGAAGUCGCCAUAUCCUGAAAUCGAAUUUGAUCAAGCCUGGACACCGUCUCUUGAAGCCCCGUCAUUGAUCCUCUUCACGUCGGGAUCGUCUGGGCCACCUAAAGGCGCCAUGUUCCCCAGAAGGUACCUCCACAACUUGUCACACCUUGCUGUUGAUGCUCUUCAAGUGACGGCCCGAGAUAUCUUUCUCCAUUCACGUGGCGUUCACUGGGUGAGUGGAGUGAGAUGGUCCUUAGGCAUGAUGCUUGCUGGCGCCCGUGUCGAGUUUUGCGAAAGCCGGAUGAGUCCAACGUGGUGGUGCAAGCGGGUCGCAGAAGGCGGCGUAACUAUGUGCUAUGAAAUGCCAAGGAUUUGGAUGUCGAUCAUGCUUGCGAUCGAGAAACUCCCUUCGUUGCCCUUCAAGGACCACAUCGGCGUUGGGGAUGUGAAGAGAGGCUUGGAAAGUGCUCGUCUAUUCAUGAGUGGAGGUACUCCUGCGAUAGGAAAGGUCAUGGAAUACUGGAAUCAAUCUCUUCCUCGAGGCUUAUACACCAACCUUUGGGGGAUAACGGAACUUGGAGGCAUGAUUACCUACCAUGAUGCGGAAACGAACUCUUCUGACCCGUGCGUAGGCCGCUUAUUGCCUAAUGUCACAGUCAAGUUUGACGAAAGUGGACAGGCGUGUGUCAAGAGCCCACUGAUGUUCCUCGGAUAUGUCUCAGACCCGGAACGGACACAGCUCGCCCUCAAUGAGGAAGGGUUCUUCAAGACAGGAGACGCUGUUGAGAUUCGCCAAAGCCAGGUAUAUUUGUCAGGGAGGAUCGGACUCGACUAUAUUCGCUUCAAAGGGUUGAAGAUGUAUGCUGCCGAUAUUGAGGACAAGAUCAACGAACUUCCCUAUGUGCAUGAGUCUGCUGUGAUGCCAGUAACCGACCAGGAAUUUGGACAGCGCGUGGCUGCAGUCAUUCAAGUCAAGUCUCAACACGAGCUGCCCAGUUUGAAACAGCUUCGCUAUGACUUGCAGCCAUCGCUGCCACAGUAUAAAAUGCCCACAAUCAUAACGCUGGUGGAUGGGCCCUUACUUCGAACGACAACCGGGAAACUGGCGAAGACCGCCAUCCGCAAGAACUACGUGGAGACAGAGACGUCUCCAGCUGUGCAUAAGGAAAGGUGGUACAUAUCAUAUGAGUCUGGGCCUCGACGAAACUUUAUGUGGGAUUGGGCGGGAAUGCAUUAGGAACAGGCGAAACAAGUAGUUAUAGUAUACGUUAGGAAAUCA